UUAGAAAAAAGGUCAAUUUGAUGUUUGAGGGUAUAAUUGAAAUCAGUGGAUUUUAAUAAUUCAAGGUGCAAUUGAAAUCGAAAGGUCAUAAUUUGGGUAAAAUUGACGAUUUUACAACGUGAGGGUGCAAACGAAUUGGGGCUAAAAGGUGGGGUUUUUUUUCCAGAGGAUUAGCCUUAAAAUAAUAGUAUAUUUUGCCACUACUUUAUUAUAGUAUCAUUUUUCAGCUAGAUUUGGUCCUGCAUUUGCUAAGCUUAUUGAUAAGAAGAUUCAAAGAUGGAGAGCUGCUUUCGCUGAAACUGCUAGUUUAUCUGGUUGAAAUUCACUUGUUAUUAGGCCUGAAUCCAAACUGAUUGAUGACAUUGUUGAGGAUGUUUCUAAAAAAUUAAAUCUGUAUCUCAUCCUACAGUUUCAAGGGUUUGGUUGGAAUUUACUCACCAAUUGAGAAAAUUGAUGAUAUUCGAACUUUAGGAAUUUGGAGAAUGGGUGGUAUGGGGAAAACAACACUUGCUGGAGUAGUAUUUGAUCACAUCUCUUCACAGUUUGAUGGCUGCUCCUUUCUUGCUAAUGUUAGGGAGGAAUCCGAAAGAUAUGGAUUGUAUCGACUACGGAAGGAAAUGCUCUCGAAAAUAUUAGGAGAAGAAAAUCUAAAUGUAGAUACUUAUGAUUUUAGAGCUGGUUUUGUUCAGACUAGACUUCAUCGGAUAAAAAUUCUUAUUGUUCUUGAUGAUGUGGAUAACUUAGAGCAAAUAGAUUAUAUAGCAGGAGAGCAUGAAUGGUUUUGGACCAGGAAGUGGGAUUAUUGUAACAACUAGAGAUCAAGAUGUUCUUAAAGAGUGGAGUUGAUGAAGUAUAUGAGGUCGAGGGAUUGAAUUACCAUGAAGCUCUUCAACUCUUUAGUUUUCGUGCAUUUAAACAAAACCAGCCAAGAGAAGAUCAUAGGAAGCUGUCAGAAAGAGUCGUAUGUUAUGCUAGUGGCAAUCCACUGCUCUGAAAGUUUUGGGUCUUUUCUAUAUCGUAGAAAUACGCGAGAGUGGGAAAAUGCAUUGAGUAAACUAGAGAGAAUCCCUAAUAAAGAGAUCCAAAGUAUGUUAAGGUUAAGCUAUGACGGAUUGGAUGUUGAAGAGAAAGAUAUUUUCCUUGAUAUUGCAUGUUUCUUCAAAGGGAAGGAUAUGGAUUUUGUGAGCAGAGUACUAGAUGGCCGGCUGUUGCUUCUCUGUUGACGUUGGAUUGAAUGUCCUUAUUCAGAAGUCUCUUAUAACUAUUUCAAAAUGUGGUUAGCAACCCUGGGGAAAUGGAACAGAAUUUUUUCAGAUAAAAAAUUAUGUGCUCAUCGGCUAAGAUUUAAGUUUGUGUCUGAGAAGUAUUGAGGAAAAAGAUACAUAAUUUACAUUGUAAACAUGAAAUGGUUAUAGUGAAGCCACAUUUACAUUCUGCUCAAGGAAAGAAGCAGGACACUCUUAUACAUUGCUCAAAGUAAACAAAUUUGGUGAGCUUACAGAGACAGGUACUCCUUUUUGAUUCCAUAUCCGAAAUCAAUAGAAUUUUUAAAUUUGAGAAAAAGAACAAAUAGUAUAAUUUUAACUGUUAUUAUUUGUAAAAUUACUACCCUUUAAAAUUUUUAUGUUUUUAUUUUUUUUCGUAAUAUUUAUAUUUAAAUAAAAUUACUAGUGAUGUGUGUAUUUUUUUAAUCUACUACUAGUGUCUAAACUUUUUACUCCAAACAAAUGCGAAAAUAAUUGAUUUAAUUACAAAGUUUAAUAGGCCUUCAUUCUUUUGCUGCACAUAUUUGCUUACACGUAAACUUCUCACAAUCUGUCUUUAGUCUGUUGCCUUUUCCGCUUCUCAAUGUUACAAAUGAGACGCAUGCAUGCCUCAGUUUAGCAUUAGAUUAGAGAAGAGAAGUAAAAUCAAUAGAAGCAGACGUAAUUAUUACUUAUGCAUAGAAAAUAGAUUUGUAAUAACAGCCAGUCUUGGAAAUGUACAUAACCCUUUCACUUUCCCUUCAUUACAUAGCCUUAACUCUUAAAUGUAACCCUUCACAUAUGUGAUUGUGAAUGUUCAACACUCAAACGGAAAAAAACAAUGGGAUGUGAAUGGUCAGAACCUAAACAAGAAGUUACAAUGAAGCAAAGUUUGAUUGAUGAAGUUUUUUCUUGGUCUACUGAUAACAUUCUUGAUGAACAACUCUUUAAAGACCAGGUAGAGAAGAUUCCUGAAAAUUUUCUAGAAGUUGAUGGCUAUUUUAGGUCAUUUGUUUAUCCAUUACUUGAAGAAACAAGGGCUCAACUUUCUUCAAGAAUUGAUACCAAUAUAGCAAGCGCACCUUAUGCUCAAAUUCUUACUACUAAUGCACAAGUUGGGACAGAUUUGUAUGAUGUAAAGGUUGAUUAUUGGAGAAACAGACUUGGUGUUAAUGGAAAAGACCCUUAUAAAACACUGCCUGGAGAUGUCUUUGUUCUGACAGAGGCUAAGCCUGAAAAUCUUUCUGAUUUGAGAUGGCUUGGAAAAGGAUGGGGGGCUAAAAUUGAAGGAAACAGUAUUGGGUAUGAUGAUGAAGAUGCUGUAACUUGUCUUAGAGUCGAGGCUUUCAAAGAAAAUCAAGUUCAUCUUUUGUUGCACAAGAAAUUAUUUGUUGUUUUCUUGAUGAAUCUAAGGACACGUGAAAGAAUUUGGAAAUCACUGCAAAUGGAUGGGAAUUAUACUCUUAUAAAGCAAAUCUUGAACCCUUCUGUACAGAAGGAUAGGCGCUAUUCCUGUCAAAGAAAUUGCAGUGGAGUUGAAGAGUUAAUUAGGACUAUAUCAUCUGAUCAGCUGAAUGAAUCACAGAGAAAAGUGAUUGUUGACAUUCUUUGCAAACUGAAAUGCAACCAGAGUUCAGCUGUACAACUUAUACAAGGUCUACCAGGGACCGGGAAAACAAAAACUUUAAGUGUUUUGCUUUAUAUUCUCUUGAGAAUGGAGUAUAGGACUCUUAUCUGUGCACCCGCAGAUACUUCUAUUAAAGAAGUGGUAGCUCAUGUUUUAAAACUGGCAAAGACGUUAUCAUCAUGUUCAUUGGGUAGUAUCGUUUAUUUCCGGGAUAAUGGCGUGGUGCAAAUUGAAGCGGAUACAGAAUAUAAAUAUUUUAAUCACCAUGUCAAAGAUCUGCGUGAUUGUUUAAAAACAGUUUCCUUAGUAUUUUGCACUGCCUCCACUUCAUACAUGCUGCAUUCAGUGAUAGAAGAGCCACUGAACUUGUUAAUAAUUGACGAAGCAGCACAACUCAAAGAAUGCGAAUCAUUUAUACCAUUGCAAUUGCCAGGAGUUAAGCAUAUAGUACUCUUUGGCGACCAGGGGCAACUGACAGAAAAUGUUACUAGCAACGUAUCUGCUAAAGCUGGCAUUGGAACAAGUUUAUUUGAAAGGUUGUAUUUGAAUGGUUGUCCGAAGCAUAUCCUGAAUAUGCAGUAUAGAAUGCAUCCACUCAUUAGUUCUGUUAUUAAUUCAGUAUUCUAUGGUAGUCAAGUUCUGGAUGCUCCAAAUGUCAGAACGACACAUUAUGACAGACAUUUCCUUCCGGACCCAAUGUUUGGACCGUUUUCUUUUAUCAAUGUUUCUUGUGGAAAUGAGGAGAUGGAUAGCUUGACAUGUAGCUAUAAAAACAUGGCUGAAGUUGCUAUUGUGAUUAAAAUUGUGCAAAAGUUGUUUAAAGCAUGGAGCACAUCAAAACAGAAACUCAGUGUUGGAAUUGUUACUUUCUACACUGCACAAGCUGUUGCAAUUAAGGAGAAAGUUGGAAUGAAAUACGAGAACCUUGAAGGAUUUUCGCUGAAAGUGAAUAUGGUUGACGAUUUAGCAGGUUCUGAGGAAGACAUAAUGAUAUUGACUACUGUAAGAACCAAUUCUGGGGGAUUACUUGGGUUUAUUUCAAAUCUUCAGAGAACCAAUGUAGCUUUGACAAGAGCAAGAUACAGCCUCUGGAUUGUGGGAAAGGAAACUGCUCUUUCUGAUAGCAACGCUGCUUGGAAAUCUGUUGUCCAAGAAGCUAGGGAUCGUAAAUGUUUCUAUGAGGCUGAACAAGAUGAUGAACUAUCUGAUACCGUGUUACAGAUCAAGCAAGAGCUGGAUCAGUUUGAUGGUGUCCUAAAUGGAGAUAGUCUACUCUUCAAAAAUGCCAGAUGGAAGGUUUUUUUCAGUGAAAACUUCAAAAAAUCAUUUGAAAAGCUGAAGUCUUCUGAAAUGCGGAAGUUGGUUUUGAAUUUAUUGCUGAGGCUUUCUUGUGGCUGGAGGCCGAAGAGGAGAAGUACAAAAUUAAUUUGUGACAACUUCUCACAGAUGUUGAAGCAAUUCAAGGUGAAGAAUUUGUACAUUAUUUGCUCAAAUGACGUUGUGAAAGACUCAUUGUACUUCCAAGUGUUGAAAGUGUGGGACAUACUGCCUCUAGAGGACAUUCCUAAGCUGAUUACACGUCUUGAUUCUGUAUUCCUAUCAUAUACUGAGGCGUUCAUUAGUCGUUGCAAGACAAAGUGUAUGGAAGGGGAUUUGGAAGUUCCAAUGAGUUGGAACACUGAAGUCACUCGUUAAUAGCGUUAUAAUUCAAGAACUUGUGAUUCGGUUGAAA